AUCCCAUUAUUAACUUUUUUUUUAAUCUCUCUCUCUGCGAUCAGUUCGAACAGCAGGCUACUAUUUUUUUUCAACAAAUCCGAUUCGACGUAUUAAUCAAUCGAAGAUAAUGGAUGAUCAAGAUUUAGGAUUCUUUGCUAACUUUCUUGGUAUCUUUAUUUUCGUGUUUGUUAUUGCUUAUCAUUAUGUAGUGGCUGAUCCCAAGUACUUGGGCAACUAACUGAUUCUGAUGAUCCCCAUAGUGAGUAGUAACUUUUAAUGAGCUCAAAAUGAAUUUCAUUUUUAUCGUUUAUUAUCACCAGCCAGUUCUUGCCUGAAUAUUAUGAGAUCGGAUAUUUGGUCUGAGAAAGUCGAAGUUUUAGUUGUUCUCUCCUA